AUGAAGAGAACAUUUGAGGAUUUUGAUGACGAUGAUGUGCCUCUAGAUGAAGAUGCUGUCUCCUCUUCUGAAAUGGCAACUCCUUUGGACGAAUUACCUCCAGCUUUAGAUUUAAAAAUUGAAGGAAAAGUACCUACACUCCACAAGAAAGCCAAAACUGAACAAAUGCUUUAUAAAUACCACAAGUUUUUGCCAAAGGAACUCGUAAAGGUUAUUCCGGAAGAGAGUGAAGAGUGGAGGAAGGAAUUGAUGCAACACUUUCGACAAUACACUCCCGAUGAUUUAAUUGUUGAAAACAUUCGCUGGGAACAUUUCGAUUAUUCUCUCAUGCUAUUGAAAAGAUACACCGAGAUUAAGUAUCCUCUGUUACUUUCCGAAAAAGCCGAACUUUGCAAAAUUCUAUUUAAUAUUCUCAAGAUAUCAAGCAAAGAUAGCUAUAGCGUAGACUUUUCAACCCAGGUAAAGUGCUGUUAUGGAUUAUCUUCACUCCUCAAGAAAAGUGAAUUAUUGGAUGUUACAUUUGAUUGGAAGGUGGUUUAUGACAUCAUUGACAAAACCUACUUCACCAAGUUUAGAAAUGCCUUGUAUAGCCCAAGAGAACACGGAGCCGCACUGGUUGACUUGAUCAGAAAGUUAAAGAGAUACUUCACCGAAGAUUCCACGUAUGAAAUGUUGAAAUUCUUCAGGCCCAUGUUAUGCAUUAAUGACCACAAGAUUUUUCAAGCACAAGCUUUUCUAAGUAUCAUGCUACCAACCAAAUUGGAAGGUCCAACAUCCAAAGAUCCAUUGACAUUCAAAAAAAAUCACUACGACCAGUGGGUUGACGAGUUCUUUGGUAUUUGGGAUUGGAUUGGGUUGUAUCCUACUUGGGAUUUGAGCUUUUUCACAUUAUUCGCAAAUCUUGCGCAGGAUCAAGCUGGCUAUGUCGAUUGGGAGCCGUAUACACUGUUCAUUUUCACAAAGACCAUGAAAUGCUUUGACUUACCCAUUGGAAAUACUCCUGUUGCAUCGAAUUACGAAGAAUAUCCAAAUGAUGAAUUGAAUUUAUUAACUCCAUUUGACAUUGCAAAGAAUUUACUUUUGGCAAAUGCCGCCAAGCUAAUAGUUUGGAUGAUUUCAAAGAAGUCUAACGCCCUGAAACUUCUCAACCAGCUCAUCAAAUCAGUUUCAAACUUUUUCCAGCCUUCCAACGAAGGACAAUGGACAAGCAAAUGUGCAGACUUUCUCUUAAUUCUAUGUACUAAAUUUGGAAAACGUCUGGAUAUAGAAAGAGGAAUGAAGGGAUUCACAGAAGAAACAUAUUCAGCUUCAAAGAAUGGAGGUUAUCAAUGGAUCCCUGAAGAAUAUAGGUUGACGGAGGACGACUGUAAAGAGUUUGUUAGCAUUGUUCAACCACUUGCAAUGACAUCAUUGUUUUCCAAAAGUAAUCAAAUGACUACAUGUGCAAACCACUCUCUAAAACAUUUGGCUUAUAUCCUCCCGCAAGAGGUAUUCCCUUCCCUUAUGGAAAGAAGUUUUUAUGCGUUGGAGACUCUCACAAACACACAUCAAACAAUCUCAGCCCUCGAAACUCUCUCUCUGGUUGUAUUCCCACUCCUGAAAUAUUCACUUUACCCAGACGGUGCCAACUAUCUUUCUAAUUUAUUGCAAUUAACUCUUCCUGGUAUUGAUGUGAAUGAUAAUGCCAAGACGUUCUCUACUUUAAAAUUUUAUACUUCACUUUUGGUUUGUGUACCUCUAUGUACAACAGGAGCAUCACAAGGCGAUAGAACUCCUCCUGAGGUUGUGCGAGUAUUCGAGGAUUGGUCAAUCGAGCUCUUGGAAAGGAUUUUUAAUGUACUGUCUCAUCAAACAGAUCCAAAAACUGCUCAAGGAGAUACUGAUGUUAUUUCUCCAAGCAUGUUUUGGGGUUUAUGCGACUUACUAUUCAAUCAAAUGUCGACAGAAUUAUUGGACAUUUCUCUCAAGAGAAUUUAUAACUUUGUAGAUUCUAAUUUUUUAUUUAACGCAAAGAAAAACAUUGCUCAUAUGUGCUCUUCCAUUGCAUAUGCGUAUCCAGAACAAACAUUGGCGCUUUUCAUUCCAAUGCUUUAUAAAAAGCUUGUAGAUAGGGAUGGAAAACGUCUCAAGAAUUUAACAGACAUGGAAACCCAAUAUUAUUUACAAAUUCUAGGCCAAGUUUGUUAUCGAACAGGUGCUCAUCUUUUAAAGUAUAGACAACAAAUUGAGACAGUUAUUUCUCUUUGCUAUAUUUCAGAAAAAAAGAAGGUGGUAAAGAUAUGCGGAAAACUAUUUAGAAACGUUCUAAGGUCAUUAACCAAAUACUACUUGUUAGAAUUGAAGUCAGUGAAUGCAAGCCAAUGGAGCACUGAAGAGUUUAAGAAUUAUCAUCAUUGGCAAUCAUGGGGAGAAUUUAUUUCGCUUGAUGAGUUUGAAAUUAAUUGGCAUGAACCUACUCAAGAAGAGCUACAAUUUGCCAUUGAGCUGUGCAACAGAUACUUGACUGACUCUGUUGCCAACAUUAAUGCAUGCGUCGCACUCAUGAAAGAGAAGGGUGGUAAUAUACCAGAUAUUCAGAAAUUGAAGAAUCACCUUAUUUUUAUCAGAUAUGCAAUGAGAGGAGGCAAUACUCUUUAUCCUGAGAUUGAAAAGGGAGUAAUGGAAGAAAUGAAUCAAUAUCCAUCUUCUAGAUUGAUAGAUGCUGGCUUGUGUGUCGCUGCAAAGUGUAAGUCAGUAACCUUGGCUUCUAGUUACGAACAAGUUUGCGACACUUUGCAUGAUCUUACUGAGGUUAUACUUGAGCAUCGAUCCGAUAAGGACCCUAAUCUCAUUGGUAAGAUUUGUAAAAUAUUUUUCCCAAUGAUAGCCAUGAGAGGAGGAAACACUCGUUACAGAUACAAGAAAAAGAAAUCUUCUCAUGAGUUUGUCAAGCAACACAGCUACAAAGAUGUAUACUCGACUACAUCAAACAAAUAUCCUAGAUAUUUAUUAUUGAUUCAAGCCUUGCUGGAGUACAAGGUUAGAUGUGUUAUUCAUAACGAAUCUAUUCCAUACACCAAAUAUCAUCAAAGGUUACUGGAUGACUUACUUCGUCUUUCGCUGCAUUCAUACUCUGAAGUCAGAAAACGUGCACAGUCCGUACUCAUGUCAUGCAUUAACAAAUUCUCUGAUAAGGUUAUUAAGAGCUUCCUUCCCAGAUUGAUUGAAGUUUUAGUUGAUAAGAAAUCGACAGACGAGCAACGAACGGGUUGUAUUUUCAUAUUGGAAAAACCUUUUGCCGUUUCUUGUGUUAUUAGAGACUGGGAUUUAUGCUCCAAGUUUUUGCUUGCACUUUUUCAAACAAGUCAUAUCGAGAAACAAAGCAUUCAGCAACGAUUGGCUCAAUUAUUUGAAACGUACUUCAAUGCAUUCUAUCACAUUCAGAUUGCCAACGAAAAGGACAGGCAAAAGUACGAACGUAUUAUUUUAGAAACAACAGAGAUUGCUAAAAGUAAGGGAGGCUGGCACUGGAAAUAUCAUACAUUUGCUAGCAGUUUUUUAAUGUUAAUGAUUAGACCUGACCAAUUAUUCCCAGUCGAAGCUGCCAAAUUCUUUUUCAAACAGAUGAUAAGUGAUUUGGAGAAGUCCAGAAUUAUUGCAUGUGAAGCAAUUAAUUUGAUUCUUUGUCAAUACAAACCUGUACAAAAGAAAAAGCUCAUUUCUCCUCAUCCAACUACAGUCAAUAACACCCUUGAUUGGGGUGCGUUGGGUAUAGAUUUUGAAUCUGAAGAGAAUUGGAAGAAAUCCAAUUGUUAUGAAAAGAAUUACUUUGGAUGGUACACACUCCCAGACAGAGUGGAAGUAUAUGAUUAUGAACAACCAAAAGAUUGCUCCAAGCAAGCCAUUAUCAAGAGAGAAUUGCAACCAAUUCUGCUUGAGGAUGAUUUUGUCUCUAAAUUUAUUCGCUUACUGACGCAUAGAGACGAUGGCUUUAUUGAAUCCAACGCUCAGUUAUUUAAGGGCUUAUUUCAAGUAUUUCCCUGUGAAUCCGGGUCGCAAGGCUUUCUUGACCUUUGCAAGCCUCACAUUGAAUCAAUACUCUUACCUAUGGUUGGCUCUGGUGGUCCUGAAGAGGUUCACCAUGUUGCAUUGAUAUCAGAAAUUGUUGGAGGCUUAAUUCGAGGAAUGAAACAUUGGGACUAUUCUCAACAGCAACGAGCCAUUACAGAAUUUAUCAUUCCAGUGUUCGACAAAGUAUUGGAGCAAAGUUCUACAAAUAGCGUGGGAGAAAUUUCUGAAGGACUGGAGUUUGCUAUUUGCGAUAAGGAUAUAAGAAGGCUGGGAUGGCUUAUUCGAUACAUGAUUGAAAAAACCAAAUCUUCUCUUCAAAAGAAAGAUGUUGAGGCCAUUCUCCAAGCUAGAUUUUUGAAAUAUUUAUAUGGUAUUGUUGGAGAAAUCAGUUGGAGAUCUCCUUACUUACUACGCUUGUUAUUGGAUGAAUUGUGCUCCACUACCCUUCAUCAUGAUGCUGAACUAGUUAGGGAAUAUGUCGGUUUAUUCGUUUCGUUCAUUUACAAGUCAUUAUGGAAUCCACCUCGACUUGAACAUAACAAGUUGCCAUCCUUUACAUUGCUCAACAUCACAAAUGAUGAGACGCAAUACGAUUAUUUGAGAAAAUUCAAUAUCAAUUUAUAUGAACAUCUUGAACAACAGGAAAAGUUGAUCAAAACCAUGCCACAUGACAGCCCAGAAUUUGACAAGAAGUAUUCAGAAUUUAAAAAUUUAAGCAAAACUGUGUUAGCAAUAAUUUCAGGGUUGUUUAACUCGAGCUCUCCUCAUUGUGGCUCUGGAGAAAUCACCAAUUAUAUCAAAAUCAUUUCCACAAUUUACGAGCAUACCACAUCGCAAGACGAUGAUUUACAAUCUCUAUGCCAACAUGAUAUUAUAUCACUCUCUGCAUUCUCCUUUUCCAAACUUUUAGCCAACACAGUGAUUACAUUUUUGUAUGACGAAAUUGUCGGAAAAGAUUCUGCAACUUUUGUUAAUUGGUCAAUUAGAAGCGCAUUGCUUGAAUUUCUUCAAAUAUUUGCAUAUAGACAAGAAUUUUACUUGACUGACAAACUACCUAAGCUUUUCGAAAUUAUUACAACCAUGCUUAGAGAUCAACAGCUUGAAGUAAGACAAAUGGCUGCAAUUACACUUUCAGGAUUUCUCAAAAUAUCCAGCACAGAAUAUUCUGAGAAAUUAAUUCCAGAAUUCAAAGAAAAAGCAUUCAAGAACAGAAAUGCCAAGAUAUCAUCGGACAAACUCUCUUCAAAGGAGACAACUGAACGUCAUAGUGGUGUUCUUGGAUUAUCUGCUGUUGCUCUAGCAUUCCCAUACUCUGUUCCUGACUUUAUUCCUGACAUGCUUUGCUCACUGGCUAAAUUUGCAAAUGACAGUGUGCAAUCGAUAAGAGAGACCGUUAAGAAGACAUUCCAAGAAUUUGUGAAAUGUCAUUCAGACAUGUGGCAAAUUCACCAACAAAAAUUUACGGAACAGCAACUUGGAACAUUACAUGAUCUCUUCCAAACCAGCUCUCCUUCGUAUUAUGCGUGA